AUGACAAACACAAAUCGUGUCAGUUUUCUUCUCGAAAGCCCUCCACAUCCGGCACAACUUUUGAAGCGACGGAAACGUUGGUUAGUCUACGAAUUGGGCACCUCGCUGACGUUGACUGUGAACGUUGCAAAAUCUAUAGUGGAUAUUACGCCUAGUGGUUUGAUAUGGAUAGCAGAGUAUACGCUGGUAUAUGAUCUGCCCGCUGGCACUGCGGAUUGGAUUCCACGUCGCACACACAAGCCGGAACCGCAGCUGCCAUCAAUACCUCGAACACCUGCAUUAGUGAAGCCACGCAUUGUGCCGUACAGCCCUCAAAAUCCUAUUCAGCCUUUCUUUUUUGCUUAUCCCCAAAAAGUUCCAGCUCCUAUGCACUCUCGGAAGUCCUUUGCCAAAGUAAUACAAGUACAACGAGGCUGUUCGAAACUGAGCUUAGUCCGAGAUAAGUAUGGCAAUUAUUACUGUAGCCGUGUUGCUAAGAAAUCCCGACGAUUACGGCGUCAGCUAACGGAAGAGGGCAAGGUGGUCAUAAACCAUCAAAAUAAUCCGCAUGGAUUGUUAUUUGAUGUGAUCUCGUUGUUAUCCAUGGCGUAUAGCUACCAGAUACGGCAUUGUAUUAUGCGCACGCUCUGCGAAUCUCGUCAUUUGAUCUCGCUACCCGGUGAAUUUCUUUUCCAUGAUAUUUUUCGAAUUCUUUUGCAUCAUGUUCAACCGGAAAUUGCCAAUCAACCAUCGUAUAUAGAGGCCUUUACAGCCGGCUACAGUCUGCAUGAGUGUUCCUCAUUGUAUGGACCACACUGUCGGCAUAGCUUUCUGUUGGAGCUCGUGCAACGCUUCUCUCCAAAAAGGCAAAAAAUAAAAUAA